AUGAAUUUUCAAAAUACACCGUAUCGAAAUAAGAUCGAUAAACAACAGUUCGAUAUUCUUACAGGCUGUCAUUUUGGAAUUAUAACUGACAUGUUCAAUUCAGAAUCAACAGGCCCAACGUCAAUUGUUGAAUAUCCAACAUCGUGUUUUCACAAUCGGAAAAGGAGAAUACUUCUGAUCGUUUUAUCCCUCUUCGUUAUUGUAUUGAUCGUCACGAUUGUAAUAGUUGCAAUUGUAUUGAGCUCCAAGAAAGAGACAACAACAGUUAUGGCACCAAACACAAGUACAAUUAUAACAACAGAUGUAGUAUCAGUAAUUACAACGAUAACAAUAGCGGAAACAACAGCUAUCGAACUAGUGAGCACAUCUAUGUCAACUACAGACAUGACAAUUACAGAAUCUACCAUGAUACCACCACCACCAUCAGUUCGAAUAUUAAUUGAUGUUGUCGAUGAGGCGAUCAUGGGGAUAUACAAUACUACAAUUGGUGGAAAUAGCUUGCCAGCAACGGAGUUGGACAAUACGUAG